GUCAGCGGGGUCAUCAAGGCCCACCUGUUCAUCAGCAUCUUCCUGGUGGUGGCCAUCAGCCAGGACCGCUACCAGGUGCUGGUACACCCCAUGGCCAGCCGGAGGCGGCGGAGACGCCGGCAGGCCCAGGCCACCUGUGCGCUCAUCUGGGUGGUGGGGGGCCUCCUGAGCACCCCCACGUUCCUGCUGCGGUCCGUCGAAGCCGUCCCUGAGCUGAACAUCUCCGCCUGCAUCCUGCUGCUGCCCCACCAGGCCUGGCACGUGGCUAGGAUGGUGGAGCUGACAGUGCUAGGCUUCCUGCUCCCCCUGGCCGCCAUCCUCUUCUUCAACGUGCACAUCCUGGCCUCCCUGCGAGCGCGGGAGGCCGUCGGCAGGGCCCGGUGUGGGGGCCCCAGCGACGGCAAGACCACGGCGCUGAUCCUGGCGCUCGUGGGGGCCUUCCUGGUGUGCUGGGCGCCCUACCACCUCUUCGCCUUCCUGGAGUUCCUGUUCCGGGUGGGGGCCGUCCAGGGCUGCUCCUGGGAGGAGCCCAUCGACCUGGGCCUGCAGCUGGCCAACUCCCUGGCCUUCGCCAACAGCUGCCUGAACCCCGUGAUCUUCGUCUUCGUGGGCCGGCUCUUCAGGACCAAGCUCUGGGAGCUUUACAAACGAUGCGCCCCCCGGAGCCUGGCGGCGCUGUCCUCCACCCACAGGAAAGACUGCGGCCCGCUGUCCGGGCGGAGCUGAAGCAGCAGAGAACGGAGAAUCGUGGCCUCCGUUUCGAUCCUUCCAUCCUCAUAAAGACUACGGUGGUGGUCAGAUGACCAUCUACCAAAUAAUGACCCCCCAAGACAUCCGGAGCCCGUUUCUAGACCCUGGGGAGGUUGGUUGACAGGGUAACAGGGACUUUGUAGGUAUCAUUAAGAUGAGGAUCUCCGGGUGGGGAGACGGUCCUGGAUUAUCCACGUGGCCCAACAUAGUCACAGGGUCCUCAGAGUCAGAGGAGAUGUGGGGACACAUGCAGAAGUCAGAGCCAGGAGGAAGGAGCCGUGAGCCAAGAUUGCAGGCGCCCUCAGAGGCGGGGCAAACCACGGGGGCAGAUCCCCCUGGAGCCUCCAGAAGAGCCUCUAGAAACAGGCCCUGCCCACCCCUGACCUCCAGAACUGUCACAGAAUAAAUCGGAGUUGUUC